AUGUCCACCAAACAGCUCGUCAAGGCGGCUGCCGAGGCCAUCAAGAAACAGCAGUGGGACGACGCCAUCGAGGGCGCAAAGAACAUCAUCGACAAGGACAGCAAGAGCUACCAGGGACACAUCCUCCUGGCCUUUGCUCUCGACAAGAAGGGGAGGUUGGAGGAAGCAGAGAACACAUACCUCGCCGCCACCAGACUCAAACCAGAAGAGAAGGAGGCAUGGCAGGGCCUUGUCAGGCUGUAUCCUAACCUCGACACCACCAAGAAGUUCAAGCAACACCAGCAUGCCGUUCUCAAGCUCGCCGAGAUAUUCAGAGACGCGAACGACCUUCAAAAAUGUUACGAGACCGUCGAUAGCUUCAUCACCUAUGCGCGCACCAAGGCCGAGUCAUACCAAUACGUGGACGCCCUCGACCUAAUACUUCCCGAAUCUCCCAUCUACGAGGCCAUCGAGGGUCGCUUUGGCCAUGUGUGGAGGACAUACGAGACACAGGCCCAGUUGGUGGAGCAAAAUGAGAAGAAGCGCAUCAACACCUUGAUCGGCGAGAGGAGGACGCGAAUCGGCGCAAGAAUCAACGAGGUCACCCUAGAGGUCAAGAGGGAGGUCUACAGACAGAGCAGGUUGAGCUACACCUAUGCGCAGCUCAUCAACUGGACCAACGACGACGAAGUGCGCCGCAUGUACGAGGAGAAGCUGAUCCAAUACUGCCACGACCGACUCAUGGCCUGGCCUCCAGGAGACGAAAAGGAACGAGAACUGGCCAAUGUCCUGAAGCUCGCCAACGACAUGGUCAUCAUCAAGCACCCCUACAAGCUGGCCUGGGAUAUCGCAAUCAACUGGCAGGACCACAAGGAGAUCAAGGAGUGGGACGUCACAGUGCUGAGACAGUACUGCACUUUCUUCCCCGAUAGUGAUCUCAACAGGGUGGUCAUGGGCUUCUUGACCAGCAGCGUGUCUCCCUUCCCGCAGGAGAAGCAGGAACAGACAGCAGAGGAUGUGGCGGCCAAGAGCGAGGGUAGCACGGAAGAGAGCGAGGACGACGAGGACGGAGGCGCGGCCACGAUCUAUGCUCCCAUCACCGAGGAAGACCGUCUUCUUAUGAUGACAGAGGGUAUCAGCGGUGCCGAGUCCUUGCUGGCGUUCAGACUAAUGGGCGAAUACUACCAAUAUCUGGAGGAGUGGGAGAGCAAUGUCGAGCUGAUGCGCAAGGCUUUGACUUUCCUGAAGGAGGAGCGGACCAAAACUGGUCUGGAUUUCCGCUUUACCGAGGACGCCUUCUCCGUGUAUCUCGGCACUGCUUUGGUCUUUUACCAGACACCUCGCAACCACCAGGAAGCCAAGGCUCUUUUCGAUGCGGUCCUCGCUCACGACCCUACCUCCACACCUGCCAUGAUUGGUGUUGGUCUCAUCUACGAGGAGGAGGAGGAGUACGAUGAAGCUAUUGACUUCCUCGAGCGGGCUCUGAAGCGUGACCCCGAUAAUAUCCGUGUCAGGACAGAGGCCGCUUGGGUCAAGGCACUUAAAGGAGACUUUGACAUGGCUAGGGCCGAGCUUGACGCUUGCAUCCCCAUCCUCUCCAGGAAGGGACAGUCCAAGGAACUCCUAUCACAGACUCAGUACCGUCUUGGUUAUUGUAUCUGGAACAUUGACACCUCCAAGGCUGCCCGAAAGGACCGGUCUGGAGCUUACGCCAUGUUCCUUGAGUCACUCAAGAACAACCUCAACUUCGCCCCUGCUUACACAAUCCUCGGUAUCUACUACGCCGACUACGCCAAGGACAAGAAGAGAGCGCGCAGGUGUUUUCAAAAGGCCGUGGAGCUUUCGCCAUCCGAGGUCGAGUCUGCUGAACGGCUAGCUAGGUCCUUUGCCGAUGACGGAGACUGGGACCGCGUCGAGCUCGUAGCCCAAAGAGUUGUCGAUUCUGGCAAAGUCAAGCCACCACCUGGCUCUAAGCGCAAGGGUAUAAGCUGGCCUUUCGCUGCCCUCGGUGUGGCCGAGCUCAACAAGCAAGAGUUCCACAAGGCUAUCGUGUCCUUCCAGUCGGCUCUGCGCAUUUCUCCCAAUGAUUACCAUUCCUGGGUAGGUUUGGGUGAGGCAUACCACAGCUCUGGUCGCUAUAUCGCCGCCACCAAGGCUAUCCUGAAUGCCCAGAACCUAGAGGAAUCUUCGGAGGCAAAUCUCACCGGAGAGACGUGGUUCACAAAGUUCAUUCUGGCCGACAUCAAGCGCGAGCUGGGUGACUUUGAUGAGUCCAUUGAGCUUUAUCAGCAUGUCAUUCAUGAACGCCCUGACGAAGAAGGUGUCGCCACUGCCUUGAUGCAAACACUUGUCGACAACGCCUUUGACAGUCUCAACAAGGGCUUCUUUGGCAAGGCUGCCGGUCUGGCUGCCGAGACACUCACCUUCGCCACCAAGGCUCCCGAUGCCAUCAAGGAGACUUUCAAUUAUUGGAAGGCCAUCGGUGAUGCUUGCUCGCUCUUUUCCAACGUCCAAGGCCGCAUCUCCGAGUUCCCCGCCGACACUGUCCGCUCGCUCCUUGGUACCGACGAUGACUUCCCUGCCUACCAAAUCCUCAAGGACAUUGACAACGUCGGCACCGGCAUCGUCUCCACCGACGGCAUUUUCCCCAAGGACGAAACAGUCGGCGUAGACUUGACGAAAGCCCUCCAGGCCACCAUCCUCGCCCACAAGCGCUCCAUCCAUAUCGCUAGCAGCGAUAUCCACGCGCAGUCCGUGGCUUACUACAACCUCGGCUGGGCCGAAUACCGCGCUCACGCCUGUCUACCCCCAGACAUCCGUAAGAACAGCCACAAAAAGCCGACAAACUACAUCAAGGCCGCCAUGGCCUGCUUCAAGCGCGCCAUUGAGCUCGAAGCCGGCAAUUCAGAGUUCUGGAACGCUUUGGGUGUUGUGACCUCCGAAGUCAACCCAGCCGUUGCCCAGCACGCCUUCUGUCGCUCUCUGUUCCUUAACGAGCGCGGCGCCCACGUUUGGGCUAACCUGGCUACUUUGGCUUUGGCUCAAGGUGACCUUGCGCUGGCCAAUGAGGCGUUCACGCGGUCUCAGUCGACCGACCCGGAUUACUCGCUCGCCUGGCUAGGCCAGGGUGUCGUGGCGUUGUUGACCGGAAACGAAAAGGAUGCUCGGGGAUUAUUCACCCACGCCAUGGAAAUCUCAGGCGACUCAUCCCGCAUCAUCUCCCAGCGCUACGCCGUCUCCAUGUUCGACUACAUCUUGUCUUCUUCUUCGUCGGAGUCCUUGCCAAUCACAACCCUAAUCCAACCCAUCUUCGCCCUCUCCCAGCUGCAAUCCCUGCACUCUUCGUCAGCGUCUUCGUCUUCAUCAUCAGACCUAGCCUACACCCAUCUACUGGCUCUCUUCCUCGAGCGUACCAACGAGCUUUCGCGCGCCAUCUCCAUCCUCGAUUCCUUGUCUACAACUCUCGAGCAAGAAUAUGAAUCCACCGAGUCGCCUUUAGCCCUCAAACACUUUGCCAUCGUCAAGUCCGAUCUCGCGCGCUGCCAACUUUCGGCGCAUUUAUUCACCGAGGCAAUCGACUCGGCCGACCUGGCCCUCCAGCUUUCGUCCGAUGAUUCCGCCGAUGAACUCACAGCCGAAGAACGUCGCAAACUCCGUCUCUCCGCACACGUCACUUUGGGUCUAGCUAAAUACUACUCCCACAACAUCCCUGCCGCAGUCGCCGCAUUCGACCAAGCCCUCUCCGAAUCCGAAACAAACCCCGACGUCGCUUGCUUACUGGCGCAAAUCCUCUGGGCCACCGGCUCUGAAGAAUCCCGCGAGCGCGGUCGCGACCUGCUAUUCAGCGUUAUUGCCGAGGCUAGCGAAGGCGAAGGCGAAGGCGAACACGAACAACAUGUUCAAUCUGUGCUACUACUAGGCAUCAUCGCCCUGCUCGAUAACGACAGCGAAUCAAUGGACGCUGUGGUCUCCGAGCUGCAAUCCCUCCGUUCCAACGACGAGGGGAUUUCACCUGAGCAACAUGCUCAACUGGGCGAGGUGCUUCGCGCAAUCCUCACCGCGCUUGGGUCGGGACAGGAACAGCCGAUGGUGGACGUCAUGCUCCACCCCUUCUUACCGCACGGUUGGUCCAGAGUCGCGCAGCUCGCUGCCAGCCUUGGUGACAACGGCGGUGAAGAGGAAGCAAAGGAAAUAACAGAAGCAGCAUCCGAAAUGGCCCUCCGCGUAGCGAGGAAGGGCGUCCCGCCCCGCGGAAACUUAUCUCCUGAAGAUCUGGCUAGGGCCUAUGCAGGGACGGGAAGACCGGCUGAUGCGCAGGUUGGAUGUAUGGUUGCGCCGUGGGAAAAGAGGGGGUGGGAGAGUUUGGGGGAUGUGGUCGCUGUUAAUGUGGGCCUCAAGCAUUAG